AUAUAUUUUUAUAGUUCAGUGGCUAGUAUGUAUAUUCAGCCACACUUCAAUGACCACAGUGAUAUGAACGAGAAAUGGAUUGUUUUCAAUAAAAUUAUUUUGUAAAGAUAUGAAAUGAUCGGCUUGGCAACAUCGGCAGAGUCUAGGAGAUGCUCUGCUAAACCUUAAACCAAUUUCAUUUCCUGAAUUGAUCUAUUGCAACUAGCAUCAUCUUGUUAUAUGGGUAUGACUACUUCAAGAAAAAAGGACAGCAGGCCAGUCACAUACCAAGCGGUAGAACAAGGGGAAGAUGAUAGCAUCUAUACUAAAGAUGGGACAGUAGAUUACUGUAAUAAUCCUGCUAAUAAGCUGAUAACUGGAACCUGGAAAGCCUGUCCUUAUAUUCUUGGAAAUGAAUGCUGCGAAAGACUGGCAUUUUAUGGGAUCAGCUCCAACUUGUUGCUUUAUUUUAAAAAUCAACUGAAUGAGCAUAGUGUUACUGCAUCAAAUAAUCGUUCAAACUGGACGGGAACAUGUUACGCCACUCCACUGCUAGGAGCAUAUAUUGCUGAUGCUUAUCUGGGAAGAUACUGGACAAUUGCCAGCUUUUCAAUCAUCUAUGCUUUUGGGAUGUUACUCCUGACAUUAUCAGCAUCAGUCCCUGGCCUUAAACCAAUAUGUUCUGAGAAUAAUGUUUGCUAUGCAACAGAGUUUCAGACUGCAGUUUGUUUUAUAGCUCUUUACUUGGUUGCUCUGGGAACAGGAGGGAUUAAACCCUGUGUCUCAUCCUACGGAGCAGAUCAGUUUGAUGAUGCUGAUGAAACUGAGAAAAAGUAUAAAAGUUCUUUCUUUAAUUGGUUUUAUUUUUCUAUCAAUAUUGGUGCCCUCGUUGCUCAUUCUGUCCUGGUAUGGAUACAAGAUAAUGUGGGAUGGGGAUGGGGUUUUGGCAUUCCUACGCUCGCCAUGGCCAUUGCUAUCGUUUCUUUCUUUUCAGGUUCCAAGAUAUAUCGUAACCAAAAGCCUGUAGGCAGCCCUCUUACCCGCCUCUUCCAGGUAAUCGUUGCUUCUUGUAGGAAAAGGGGGAAAAAAAUUCCAGACGAUAUUUCCUUGUUAUAUGGUGGUGCAGAUGCAGAACUUUUAAGUACUGAAAGGCAGAAGCCAAAACAUGCCAAGUACCUAACUUUCUUUGAGAAGGCAGCAGUAGAAUCAGAAACAGAUUACAUCGAGGGCUCAAUAGAUCCAUGGAGAUUAUGCACUGUUACCCAAGUUGAGGAGCUCAAAUCUAUAAUUCGGCUACUUCCAAUAUGGGCAACUGGUAUCAUGUUCAGUGCUGUAUAUAAUCAAGUAGGCAAUUUAUUCGUGCUUCAAGGCUCUGCAAUGGAUAUUCGAUUGGGAAAUGCAGGCUUUGAAAUCCCACCAGCAUCUCUCGGGAUAUUUGACACAAUUAGUGUUAUUUUUUGGGUGCCGGUGUAUGACUAUUUCAUCGUCUCAAUUGCAAAAAAAUUGACUGGUCACAGAAGUGGAUUAACUCAGUUGCAACGCAUGGGCACUGGUCUCUUCAUAUCGAUAUUUGCCAUGCUGUCCGCAGCAGUUCUAGAAGUUGUUAGGCUUGGAAUUGUAAGAAGGCACAACUACUAUGAACUAGAUCAUGUGCCUAUGUCAAUUUUUUGGCAGGUUCCGCAGUACUUCAUAGUGGGCUGUGCUGAAGUUUUUACUUUUAUUGCACAGCUGGAGUUCUUUUAUGAACAAGCACCUGAUUCAAUGAGGAGCAUGUCAUCGGCUUUGGCGCUUACCACUACCUCCCUAGGAAGUUAUUUGAGCUCUUUACUCGUCACUCUUGUAACGGCCUAUAGUACUAGAAAUGGCGAUCCCGGCUGGAUACCAGACAACUUGAAUUAUGGUCACCUACAUUACUUCUUCUUGCUUUUGGCUGCAUUAAGUGUUGUCAAUCUAGUUGUGUUCAUUUUAUUGGCCAGGGGUUAUACCUAUAAUAGGUGAUUUCCAUUACCUGAUGGGUUUCAGGCCUGUUGAUCUUGCAUUACUUUGAUGUGAAUAUGGUUUCCAAAGGGAUGUAUAUAUACAUGUAAUGGUACAAGUCUUGUGUAGAAUUUUUGUGUUCCUGCCUUGUGUAAUUUGUACAUUAUUAUAGCUGAAUGUGGAAUCUACAGUACAGAUAUAUUAUGUAGAUGGUUUGAUGUACCUGACAGAUUAUAUAACUACAACUUGCUCAUGUGAGUUGCAUUA